AUGAUUAUGAAGGAUGCUAACCUGGAGCCACGUGCUAUCGGCGCUGAGAAUCAACAAGCCGCAAGAAGUCUAAAAGUUGAUGAUAUGGAAGGAAUAGAGGAGCAGGAGCCCAGUAAUCAAAGUAGAAGUACAUCGAAAGUUGCUACACGACUGGUUCGACUUAGAUUUGCUGGAUCACACGAUAUAGAUCCCCUGCCUGGUGCUGCAAUCUCACCUCCAAAUCGCUUUACAUCAUUUCGGCAUCUGGCCUCGCUGUUGAUCAUAUCCGGAGCACUCCUGCGCAAGAGAGAGCCGUCCUCGAGCUCGACUGAAAACGGAAAGGGUGCUGGCGCGUCUCGAGAUGAUGACGCCUCAAAAACCGCUUCAUCUUCUGCGUUCGAUCAUGUAAAACUUCCAUCCGCUUUAUUUCCAGCGAUGGCAGAAGUCGGUGGCGGUGGGUCUUCAAGUUCUUCAUCUUCAUCCAAGGAACAUGAGCACAAGCCAACUGCUGUCUCCAGAAUGAACGCAGAACUUCCAUCAUCAGGUCCUCCACCUUUGUCUUCUGACGUUUUGUCGAGUCUAACCCGAGAAGAACGCAAUCGCAUCGCAGCAAUGGCAGCAUACGCCAGAUGCGUCAUGUCUAAUACUGAAGAUGGAAUGAUCGCGUUGACUGGCCGCGUUGCAGAACUCAAGCGAGAAGGGGCAAAAUCCUUUUUGCUUUCCCUCGUGAACCCGGACAGCCCGUUCUUGGCCUGCAGCAAAUUUAUCCCAGACACGUCGCUAUAUAAAAUAUUGGACCACAAAGACCUGGCAUAUCACUACAGAAAAUUGCAGCAGGAAGAACUAAAUUCAAAUUUUGCGGAAAGGGCAAAAGUCAUGGUUACGUCACAACACGAAAACAAUUAUGGACUUCGUUCUAUUCUCAUAUGUUGCGUAACUAGGUUGAGGAUGCUGGUAAUACUGCUCCUGGUGUUCUCUUGGGACAGAGAUACUUGA